AUGGGCGACGACUUCAUGAACCAUCACGCUUUCAUUGUUUCUCAGAGAUUCAGCAAAACCAUUGCAACGCCAACAAGAUGUCUACGAUUAUGCGGACGCUGCGCAACUUACGCAAAGUGGGCGUCAAGGAUGCUAUGCAUCAAAUGCAUUACCAAGGUAUCCAACGCUCGAAAUGAUAGUGGAAAGACUGAAACUCACGGGAGACAGGUGAUACCAAAGCCGGAACCUUGA